AUGAAUACGUUCAAAUGCACAUUCAUCGGGUGUGAGAAAGUAUUUAACGUUAAACGUAGUAUGACCCGCCACGCUAAAUCGCACGACGGCGUAAAAAUUAAAUGCGCUCUUUGCCAUAAGUCGUUUUCACGUAAAUACAAUUUUGAAGAACACGUUAAAAUUGCCCACCGGGACGGAAGAGUCGCCUCGCCGACUAUUGCUCCGCAGGCCGGACCAUUGUGUAUUACCCCCGGUUCGUCAACUCAGACUUGGAUUACCGACGACGAAAAUGACGCGUUGUUGGCAGUCGUAUGUCAAGCCAUCGAUGAUAUGGAGGGAUUCGAAAACGAAGGUAAGAUUUCUUUUAUUAUGACCCACCAGAUAGGAAUUAGCUAGGGAAAUAGUUUUAAUUUAGGUUUUUUUUUCUUUCUGUUUCCUUUAGGAAGGAAACGUGCACUCAGAGAAGAUACCGCUGCUAGAGUGAAGAAAGCAAGGAUGGAGCUAGUGAACACGCCCGGCUUUACCGAAAUCGACUCUACCAUUCCUAUGUAG